GUGGAAAUGGUUAAAUACAAGCUUCUCGUGCGAUGGGAAGCGAGCUCACUAGCUUCGCAUAGAUGGGCGUUCUGUUCUGUCCUGGGCUGGGGCCGGGCCCGGGCCCAUGCCAGGCACAGACCGACACAGCUGCUAGCUAGUUACUGUGGCUAACGUACAUUAACAUCACGGCUUGCCAGUUCUGUCUUGUAAACGCCACUUUUACUGCGUACUCAGCUGAUCACUGUGGUUAACGUUGAUGUGUGGCGUUAUUGUUCAAUUCGAUGUAGAAAUAUGUUUUUAAUGGUUGUGUAUAGCUGGUGGGAACAGCGCAUGCUAGUAUAGCUAGCUACCCCAGCUGGUUAUGUAUUUUCAGAUAUUAGUUAGCUAGUAGUAGCUAGCUAUCUUGCUACGCGGAAUACUAGAACAUCCCUUGCGCAGUUGGUCCUUUGCGUCAAGAUUGUCAAAUAGCCAGAGCUGCCACAUAUGGUGGUUAUUGCAUAGUUGGCUAACUUGUUCGAAUUAGCUAAUAUUCGUUUGUCUAGUUUGUUAGCAAACCGUGCUCUCUAGCCAGCUAGCUCGAGAAGGUCCCAACUAGUUAGUCAACGUAACAUGUCUAACCUUACAACGCGCAGUAACAGUAAUUUACUGAUUCCAUUUUCCACGAAAAUAUAGAAAUCGCUUGUACCUUUCGAUUUAGAAAUCGUUGCAUGUCACUCUAGCUAGCGAAUUUAAGAGCAUCCCGAAGGGAUUGCUGAAUUGUCUAUUUGCAGCACCAUAGCUAGUCGAACGUUAGCUACAUUGAAGCAAACCCGAAUGUGAAUGUCAAUGAUAUAUUGCUGUGAAAUGCAAAUUUGAGAUAAAUGCAUAAAAAUGUCAUUUUGGGUCAAAAGCUAACGUUUGUCAUACUUAAUUAACCCGCAUACCAUGUACAUGUAGCCAUCUGCAUUUUUGAGCUUGUUUUUUUAUUUGGUAAUUCAUGCGAGGUGGAUGGAGUGCAGUUGCUGGCUAAAUGGUUAUGAAGUGAACUGAGGGUAAAAAUAUCCUUUCUCCGAUACAUCCUAUAGUGCACGUUCACAAUGUCAGUAGCAGAGUGGGUGUGUGACACUCGCAAGUCUAGGCUACAUAUUCCCUUUCUCUCACACACAGGCAACUAAUGAUGCUCUUCAACCCAUUUGUUUCAAUGGGCCAUUUUGCAUGUUUGGAACAUUUUGGCUGCUGCUGCUUCUGAAUCACCUGAUGAUGUCAGCAUUGCAUUCUCUUUGCAGGUUGGAUGAGUCUAGAGAAAGAGGGGAUGUGUCCCAAGCUCAAUACAUCAUCCUCAUUGGCACAGUGAAGCAUGUGGUGUGUUCAUUAUCCAACAUCAUAUCCCUCUUUGUCAUUGCAGCUUGGAGUUGGUUCAGAAAAGGCCCAGCAUCAUACUUGUAGCCCUCUCUGCCCAGUGACCCUGAACUCACCUUUUGGUUAAAUGACAGGGCAGAGGCUAGACCUCCGGAUACAUCUCAGGGCCACCAAACCGUCAACCACCAGCCCCCUCUGGCCUCAUCUCAUUCCCCACAUUUUCCCUGGAGAGCCUACAUGGACUGCCAGUUAAAAAAAUAACCAGAGAUGCCCAAAAUUAGAUGGUGGGCCUACAGGCAAGAGCCUAGCUAUCCCAACCAGGAAGCAGUUAAAUUCAGUCCUACUGAUCCCCUCUCAUCUGAAGCAUAGCGACGGCUUCCUGAUUGAGCUCGGAGUUGCGUUUCUCAACCUUCAGUGGAGUGCUGUCCUGAGAUGUCAGCAGAGAGGGGCUGCUGAAAGUGUUGUCCGGGGCAUGAGAGAGGGAGCGAGGAAGGGGUGUCACGGCUGAAGCAGUCCACUGCUGCGCCGCCAAUGGAUGCCAAACUGCAAGAGGACCUGUUCCGGAGGUACGUGGUGUGCCUAGAGAGGCGGCUAGAGGACGGAGGGGGGAAUGCGGGCCUUGGGGGAAGCACCUUGGAGGGGGGCAGCGAGGCCCUACUCUCCACGGCCACAGCCCUGCUGGGGGCCUACCAACCAGACCCGGGCCAGAGGUUCCGCAUGGUGCGCUUCUAUGAGGUGGUGGAGAAUGCCAUUCGAUGCCUGAGAGGCUGCAGUCUGCAGGGCCUGGAGAGAGCCUUCCUCACCCUGGAGACUGUCUGCACCAACCUGCUGCUCUUCCCCUGGAAGAAAGAGUUCCGCUGCAUCAAGACCUUCACAGGCCCGUACGUCUACCUUCUCCAGUCUGCUGUGUGCGACGCUGAUCUCCGCUCCCUCCUGCGUUCUAUGGGCUACUCCCGCGACCAUGAGCUCCAGUUCCACGUCCGGGACCACCCAGGUGGCCCAGCCCACCUCCGGCAGCUAGCCUUCGAGCUCUUCCUGGCCCAGGCCGAGUGUCGUCUCCUGGGGGAGGUAGUGGCUUUGGCCCGGGGUUCAGCCUCUGAGCUGGAAGCCCUGGAGCAACGGAGGGGCUGCCGGGAUGACGCGGCUGGCUGUGCCGAGGUCCUCCGACGGCGAGAUAGCCUUGGGGCCGACAUGGCCAGGCUCUCAGUGCGACCGAUGGACAUACCUCACCCUCACCAUCUGAGGAGAGGGGGAAGACCGUCCAAGUCAGUGGAUGUUACGGAUGGAGCUGGGAAUUGGCACGCAGCCUCUAAGCCUGUCCUGAAAGCCUCUCUGAGCCUGAGGAAGGAGCCUCUGUUUGUGGAUGCAGAGGAGGACAUGAAGGAUGAGAUCAUCAGGCCCAGCACCUCCACUUCCAUGUUCUCUGUGACUGACCCACCUUCCUACAGCCCCGUGCCUGACUUCUUCCCUAUUCAAUCCCCGCCCUCGGUCGAUGCUUACUCCUCUUACCACCUCUCCUCAUUGGAUGAAAUUGAUCUGUACACAGAGAGGGGUGGGCCUAGGGUUGGAGGUCGACAGACACCUUCCAGACCUCCAUCCAGGGAGCCCCGGGAUGCCAGGGAUGGCUGGGCACUCAAAACCCACAGUGCACUCACCUCUCCGGGGGUGAAGUGUCAGGGUUGUGGCCUGGGCUGCUCCAGCCUGGCAUCCUGCCCCAGGUGUGAAAUGAUCCUGUGCCAGGCCUGUCACGACAUCGACCCCUCCCCCUGCUGCGGCCUGCAGGACUACCCCAACCCCAAAUCGCCCCGCCCCAUGGAUGGUUACCUCCCCGUCAAGGAGAAGCUGUCAGUCUACUCCAACACCCACUCCCCACACCCCCACAUACACCCUCACCCCCUCACUCCCCCUCACCCCCAGAUGGUGGAGAAACCCCUCAUGGCCACUAAGCUGUUUCCCUGCAAGUCGGUUGCCAUGUCGUCUGCCAUGGUAGCCAAUAGCGACCGAGCAAGCCUGGGGGGGUCACGGUGCGGGUUCUGUAACAAGCCGGGUGCUUCGCACACCUGCGUGAACUGCUCCAAGGUGUCAUGUGACAUGUGCAUGAACCUGUACGCUAAAGAUGUGUGCACGCGUAAAAAACCCCAGCAUAGCUUUGUCCCCAACCACCAGCUCAACUUUAAGCCUGGAACCAUAUCACAUCUGGUCUACCGAUGAGCCAGGAACAACAGGGAGUGGACUCACUAUUCAAACCUCUCUCUCAUUUCUAUUUCCCUCUCUUACCUGUUCCUGUUCUCUCUUCCUCCUCUCAUUACUUUCUUUUCUUGAACUCUUUCUUCCCUUCCCUGCUCUAUCAGAUGUAUGGAUCUGGAAUACACACAGGACACAUCAUCAUAGGAAGUUGUAUCUCCUGCCUCUCUCUGCCUUGUAAAAGAUCAGGCUUUUUUUUCAACUGCUUCCUCUUCUUCCUUACCUCACCACCCCGCUCUAGCUUAGUCAUGUGACGUCGUAGCGCUUCCUAACCUCUCAAAUCUAGUCCUCUCCAAGCGAAACGGGAGAAAAAAGCAAGAGCCAUCCGGCUUGUAGAAAAACAAAACACAAAUGCUGACUUAAGUUCUCAGCCGAAGAGACGGUAGUGUCAGUCUUCUGGAAUUGGAUUAUGUUCACUGAGGACCCUUUUUAAACUUGAAAAACCAA